GUCGUUCAGCGGACGAUGAACAGGAACUACGUCAUCACCACUCGCCGGAAGUGAACCGUUCAUUGCCCACGGGAGCGGCAGACGUCACGAGGGCUCGGACAUGCAACGGCCGGCGCGCGACUGACACAUCGAUCGCGUCAUGUCGACCAUACGGAAGGCGUACAUGGAGAUCUCCAACGGAAUCCGGGGACUUCGGUUCCACAGAGACCAGCCCCAGGGCGGGGGGCCCCAGCACGAGAAAGGGCUCCCCAGCGAGGACCCCAAACCGGUGACCCGAAACGCCAAGCACGUGGUUCACACGGAAGAAAACGCCGUGGCCACGGCCGUUUCCCGGCUUUUUCCGGCUUCCGGUUCUGUCCCGCCGCGGGUGGAACACCCGGUCACGGGAGAUAAUAAACACGCGACGUCGCCGGAAACGAAAACUCAAUCCUCGUCGCUACCCUCACAGAUGAAAUCCUCGCCUUUGGCGUGGUCGGCGCAGAAUGCCCACUCGCCAAACACCGACCCCCCGGGGAGUAAAGGCACGAACGGCGACUCCACACCCACCUGCCAAAACGGCCGGCUCAAACGGCCCACCAAAGACAGCAUUUUCACCCCGACAAAACUCAUCGGCUCGCCCAAAGCCGGCAUCGCCAACCGGAUCCGGAAGCUGAACAUGAGCAUGACGGGACAGAAAUGGGAAACGAAACCGGAAACGAUCAGCGAGCUGAUGCAGGAGGAGACUUUUCUCUCGCGGUUUUUCUUCUACUUCUCCUACGACGACCGGCGCGUCCUGUGCCGCGUCUGCAAGAAGUGGAAGAACGUCCUCUACCAGAGCGUCUACUGGCUCGGCCUCAUGCCGGUCAUCAACUUCAAAGACUGGAACAACGACGGAUCCAAGAAAAAAAUCUGCUUCGAACAUUUUCAGAUCCGCGGCUUCGAUCAGGUCUGCUUCGUCGCCGCGACGGAUAAAGACAUCAUCGAGUUCAUCAACAACACGCCUUCUAGCAAGAAAUCCAUUCGCUCCGUCAGCUUGCGGUGCUCCAACAUCACCGACAGCGCGCUGGAGAAUCUGAUUCGCAAGCUGCCGUGCUUGAACAAGCUCGAACUCUCGAACUGCAACGAGGUGACCGGAUCCGGUUUGUGGGCGUGUCUCAACCCGCGGAUAAUCGUCCUGACGAUUACGGAUUGUAUCCACAUCGCCGACGAUACCAUCGGCGCCAUCGCGCAGCUACUUCCGGCCCUGCACGAGCUGAACCUGCAGGCCUAUCACGUGACUGACAACGGGCUGGCGCUGUUCGACUCGAAGCUCAACGCCUCGCUGCGCAUCCUCCGGCUCAAGUCGUGUUGGGAGAUCACCAACCACGGCGUGGUCAACAUCAUCCACGCCCUCCCCAACCUGACCGUGCUCAGCCUCUCUGGCUGCACCAAGGUCACGGACGACGGGGUCGAGAUCAUCGCCGAGAACAUGAAGAAGCUCAAGAGCCUUGACCUCUCCUGGUGCUCGCGCGUCACCGACGCCUCGCUGGAGUACGUGGCCUGUGACCUUGGCAUUUUGGAGGAGCUCGUGCUGGACAGAUGCACUCACAUCACGGACAUCGGGAUCGGCUACGUGUCCACCAUGACGUCACUGACCCGCCUGUACAUCCGGUGGUGUGUCCAGGUCGGGGACUUUGGCCUGCACCAUAUUUUCUCUAUGAGAAACCUUAGGGUUCUGUCUAUAGCUGGCUGUCGUAGACUGACCAGUAACGGACUCUACGGAUUACGUCAUCUGCAGAGAUUAGAGGAACUGGAGGUGACCAACUGCCCAGGUGCCAACUCAGCUCUGUGCCGGUACCUCAAGGACAACAUGCCCAACACGAUGAUCAUCGAGUGAUCGCCCCU